AUGCACCCCAGAACACUGUCUACUGCGGUUAGUUGCUUUCUCUUACAACCUUUUUCAUUAGAUCCAUCGAUUCGGUGGGUGCGGGUGCAGACAAACCAAUAUAGACUCUCAUCGGCGUCGGCACUCUGCCGGAGAACAAGAUGAUCGUCUGCGUUGCCGUCGUUGGUCACCAGAACAAUCCGCUCUACAUUCAGAGCUUCACGGAGGCCGAUGAUGCUCUCAAGCUCCACCACAUCGUUCAUUGCUCGCUCGAUGUGGUCGACGAGCGAGUGAACAAUCCCAAAAAGUCUGGACCGAUGCUUAACGAGACGUUUUUGGGACUGCUUUAUCCUAUCGAAAAUUACAAAGUAUAUGGAUAUCUGACUAAUACAAAGGUGAAAUUUAUCUUGGUCACCACGGAUCUUGAUGUUAAAGAUGCAGAUGUAAGAAAUUUUUUCAGGAAGUUCCAUGCUGUAUAUGUAGAUGCAGUUUCAAACCCAUUCCAUGUGCCAGGUAAAAAGAUAACCUCCAGAACUUUUGCAGAAAGAGUGAGCACAAUUGUCAAGUCGUUUGGCUUGAGUUCUGCUGGGUGAACAUCUAUAACUGCUUUGUGGAUAUCUGGCACAAAACUUUUUUAUUAUUAUUAUUAUUAUAGCUCUUGCCUUGUGGUAUUAGUAGGGGUAAAAUGCAUAGGAACAUUUUGAACGGCAUUUUAUGUUCAAUAUAUAAUAUUCAAAUUGAAUCAUCACAUUUGCUUUGACGUAAAUUUGACUUUUGAAAAUUUAUCCAUUUACUUAAACGUAAAUCUGUUGAGUCCCCGGUCCCCACCCAACAUUUAGUAUGAAGAUGGUGAUUGAUUUAUUCUUUUUGCAGUUUGUUAAUUAGCAACAUUUAAUUAUGACUCGACCUUGACUACAUUCCCAUAUUUGCAACAUCAGUUAUCAAGAUCAAAUAGCCGUGAAAAUUACAUAUCAAGAUACCAGCUUUCAGAGUUUACUUUCCUUAACUCUGUUAUGUUAAAUAAACUAUUCUUAGCUUAAACAUUUCUCCCUACAAAUUGUAGCCUGGCUGGCUGGUUGGUUGCUUGCCUCGAUCCAAUUUUAAGGCGGAAAGGCUAAUUCACCAUUCAUCUUUACAUGAUAAGCAAUGUAAUGGUAAACUACAAAAUGCAAGAUGGCCCUGAAUUUUUUUUAGCAUGAGCCAAAUGGUUUCCAUUUUAUGGCAUCCAGAACGAGCUUUUAGUCAAGGUUUUAAGAACAACUCUUUUCUGCGUGAAUUCUAUAUCGUUCAUUUUAUUGUUU